AUGGAAAACGGAUAUUUGCAUCAGAAUGGAAUUGAUGAAAAUUCGAUUAAUGGUGAAGCGGUAGCAGUUGCUGCAGAAGAAAAUAUUGAUGCACGACCUCAGCCUAAUGUGCAAUUUCUGGAUAACCCGAACAUUCACCCAGCGACAGGCAAUCCUGGCAUUCCUAAUAAUCCUAUUCCUCAGGGUGAACAUAUACCGCAACCUCAAGGAAAUAAUCAGUUUGGAACAGUAAGAGAUCGUUUAUUUCAUGCGAUGCUCGUUCGCUUUGCCAUUAGUUACAAUCAUCAUGUAUCAGGAUUUUCCAGACGUCUUCUUGAAUUUUCAGUUCUAUUUUUUGCUCUUUCCUUGCUAUGUCUAUUGUUCUAUGUUCAUUUUGUAUUUAGUAAGGCAGAUAAUUCUUGCCUUAAGCAUUUGGUCGAUAGUUGGCCUCGUGAUGGAGUAAUGCGUAUCGAAGUAAUAAGCAAUUUAGAGAAGUUCAACGAAUACCAAGAACGGAUUUCUGAAAAACAACGUUCACAAAAAGAAAGCAAUGCCAGCUUUACAUUCUUUGAUUUGAAGAAAAUUCUGAUGGAAGGCCCGAAUGCAUUGCCAAAGGAAUUAAAAGCGAAACAUGGAGAAACGUCGAAGAAAACAGAUCACUGGACUAAUUUUCGUCUACCGGAAGAAACACUAAUCAGUCUAUUUUUGAAGUCGAGUAAAGGGGUCAAAAGAAAGCUUUCAGUUGAAGAAGUUCAUGGCGAUGAGGAAGAACUUCUUGAUUUUAUUGAAGAGGAUGGAUUUUACGGUGAAUCUUUGGAAGCAUUAUUUGAAUAUGUCGUUGAAUAUUCACUACAUUAUGGUCUAUUGAGAUUAUCUCAUUCAUAUCGCGUUGAACAUAAUAUCCCAUUCAUGCUUGUCAGACUAGAUCCUGAAACGGAUUCUUGCUUUGGAGACUGGUUUAGUCGUAUGUUGAUGAAAUUUUUUAUGGGUUAUGAGGAUGUAUUAAUGGCUUCAGUGAAAGCUUUGGCUGAAAAUGAAACUGAAAAAGGAUAUUUACGCGAUAUGAUCACUGGAGAACAUUAUCGAUUUGUCACGAUGGCAAGUGGAAAUUCGAGUUAUUUAACAGCUACUUUUGUGUUAUUAAUAUUUACAUUCGCUAUUUCGAUGUUGUUGCGUUUCUCACAUCAUCAGAUUUUUCUUUUCAUUUUCGAUUUGCUGCAAAUGUUUGAGAUGAAUCAAGCAUUGGUAUUUCCAGCUGCACCGUUAUUAACAGUUAUCCUCGCGCUUGUUGGCUAG